CCGCUCUCUCUUCCCAGGUCGUUUCAGGAUUUCUUCACCCCUGCCCGUGGAGGGUGGCACGGCCUUGGGCCGUCCUACUCCGCCAGUUGCCUAGGUGCUGAUCUCCCCUCAGGCCUGCUGGGGUGAGACUACCUUCAGGUCUUUAAGCGUGUAGCCCUCAUUGGGACUAUGCAAGUUGCCAGAAACGGUGACCGCCUAAGCACAGGUCAUGGCACGUAGUAGGCGUUCAAUUUCCAUUUGUUGAAUGAACUCGCUGAGAAUGAAUGAAUGGAGUUGACAGGAGGAGGGGGCUUUGGCUCAGCCUGAUCGCCCCUUCCCUCCGCCCCAACCCCGGGGAAACUCUGCUUCCGUGAACGUAGGAAGGGGAUGCCACGCGCAGGACGCCCCCAGGGCAGCCCUUCAGGGUAGGGCACAGAAGAGCUGGGAGCGCGGGAUAGGGGAACCGAGAGGGUCUUGGCCGGGCCCCCAGGCGAGUCAUAAUCAGUUCUGGGCCAGGCGAGACGGCGGCAGCGCUGAAGCGGGGCGAAGGCCGGGGCGCAGGUCUCCGGGCACACGGGACUGCUCGCGCGGCCGCGUACCCCGUGGGGAGGGGCGGCGGAGGUACGGCGCCUUUAAGCUCGGGCGCCGGCCCCGCGGCCCCGCCCUCCGGAGGACGCCUCGGCGCGCGGCCGUCCGAGACGCCGUUUAAUUGGGGCUGUCAGGCCGCGGCGCGCGCGGAGGGCCGGGCGGGACGGAGGCCGGGAGGCCGGGGCGGCGGGCGUGCAGCUCGGCGGGAGGCGGGCGCCCGGAGACGCGGCUGGGGCCCGCGCGGCCGGGGCGCCGUCCCAGGGCAGGGCUGCCCGGCCCCGGCCCCGGGCCGCCCGCGCUCCCCAUGAAAAACCAGCUCCGCGGCCCCCCAGCGCGGGCGCACAUGUCGGCCUCGGGGGCGUCGGCGGCUGGGGGCACCGGGGCGGGGUCGGAGCCCGGUGCGGGGUCUGGUUCCGGCGCCGGUACCGGGGCAGGCGCGGCGGCGGGUGCGGGGGCCAUGCCUUGCAAGAGUGCCGAGUGGCUGCAGGAGGAGCUGGAGGCGCGCGGCGGCGCGUCCCUGCUGCUGCUCGACUGCCGGCCGCACGAGCUCUUCGAGUCGUCGCACAUCGAGACGGCCAUCAACCUGGCCAUCCCGGGCCUCAUGCUGCGCCGCUUGCGCAAGGGCAACCUGCCCAUCCGCUCCAUCAUCCCCAACCACGCCGACAAGGAGCGUUUCGCUACGCGCUGCAAGGCGGCCACCGUUUUGCUCUACGACGAGGCCACGGCCGAGUGGCAGCCAGAGCCUGGCGCUCCCGCUUCGGUGCUUGGCCUUCUCCUGCAAAAGCUGCGCGACGACGGCUGCCAGGCCUACUACCUCCAAGGUGGUUUCAACAAGUUCCAGACAGAGUACUCAGAACACUGCGAGACCAACGUGGACAGCUCGUCCUCGCCGAGCGGCUCACCGCCCACCUCAGUGUUGGGUCUGGGGGGCCUACGCAUCAGCUCUGACUGCUCAGAUGGUGAGUCGGACAGAGAGCUGCCCAGCAGUGCCACCGAGUCAGACGGCAGCCCUGUGCCAUCCAGCCAACCGGCCUUCCCCGUCCAGAUCCUGCCCUACCUCUACCUCGGCUGCGCCAAGGACUCCACCAACCUGGAUGUGCUCGGCAAGUACGGCAUCAAGUAUAUCCUCAACGUCACGCCCAACCUGCCCAAUGCCUUCGAGCACGGGGGCGAGUUCACCUACAAGCAGAUCCCCAUCUCUGACCACUGGAGCCAGAACCUCUCCCAGUUCUUCCCUGAGGCCAUCAGCUUCAUAGACGAGGCCCGCUCCAAGAAGUGCGGUGUCCUGGUGCACUGCCUGGCAGGCAUCAGCCGCUCGGUGACGGUCACAGUGGCCUACCUGAUGCAGAAGAUGAACCUGUCGCUCAAUGAUGCCUACGACUUUGUCAAGAGGAAAAAGUCCAACAUCUCACCCAACUUCAACUUUAUGGGGCAGCUGCUGGACUUCGAGAGGACGCUGGGGCUGAGCAGCCCGUGUGACAACCACACCCCCAGCGAGCAGCUCUACUUCUCCACGCCCACCAACCACAACCUGUUCCCACUCAACACGCUCGAGUCCACGUGAGGCCGGGGGCACGGGGCAACGGGCCAGCCCCUCCCGGGCCUCCACAGGGCCCGCAGGGAGGGCCCACGCCUGCUGCCUCUGGCGUGAGGAACCCGGACAUCGCCUGUGCCCAGAGGUGAGCUUCCCUCACCGUCCCGGGGAGGGUGCAGCCCACAGCCAGGCCUCCCCCGGCAGGACUUUCCGGAGGGGCCCUCGGCUCUCAGACAUGUGGCUUUGGGAGUCCAGUGGGGCCUCGUCCUUGUCCCAGGACACUCCUUUCUGCUGAUGGCCCAGCCAGUUUGGCUCUUUUUUUUUUAAAGACACAUCCAUGGACCUGAGUUUACUUUUUAUUUUUGGCAGGUAAACCCGAGCUCCCUGGAGCAGAGAGUGUUCAAGCUCUUCUUGAUUUUUCUUUUUUAAUGAGAAGUGUUAUUUUCAGGCUACAUGCAACAGUGGAUUGUAUAAACCAGUAUUUCAUCCCUUUCUUGAUCCUGCGAGAGAGAGAGAGAGAAGUGUUAUCAGUUUGUUUUUCUUCUUAUUUCAAAAAGCAAUUCUUGGGUUUUUGUUUUUAAUGGAAAAGACAAACCCCGCGUUGAUCUUGACCAAAAGCGUUUUGCACAUGUGUGAAGCCUCCGUUUCCGCAGCGGCCCUUAAAGGGGUGGUUUGCUGCUCUCGCCAGCUUUGGACUCCCAGGCCUGCCCACACCUCCCACCUCGGCCCAGCCCGACCUGGCGCUGCAUUUGCCUGUGAUGACUGCCGCGAGUGGUGAGUGGUGGGCUGGACAGGUAGCCUUUGCAUUCUCUGCCCACCCAACUGCCCUUCUGGUGGUCCCUGCCAACUGCCCCAGGCAGCAGAGGGAGGCCCUGCCACUGUCCUGCUGGAGGUGGGGCCACAGGGGGCUGCCACGCAGUAGCAUUAACCCUCCGGGCUCAGCCCCGAGGGGGGCCUGGGCCCCAGGCCCUUUUUAUAUGUACCCCCUACUUGCUUGUUCCUCUCUCUGUCUGUUGGUAGCUGAGGGUGCAGGUCCAGUGGCUGGGGGGGUGUAGGUGGUGGCACCCAGCCCUGCCUCCCCCGAGUCUCUUCCCUCACCCUGGUUGUUGCUUUGGUUCAGCUGCCACUCCCAGCCCCCUCAACCCGUGAAAGCCUGCCCUGUGCUCAUCUUGCCCCUGCCUUCUAUUAAGAAACUCGCACCCAUUUCAAUCCCAGGGCAGGGGUGGGUGGCGAGGAUGGACAAGGAAAGGGGUGUGAGGCUCUGUCCAUCCCUCCACCCCCAUAUCCACAGAACAAAGCCACGGAUUCCGUUAUCCUCCUCCAGUUUUGUUCCUUCUCCAACCUCAGUUCUCCCAGGUGUCAGGACUGCAUAGGGCCUGGGGAGGGGUGAGCAGUCGGGCUGGGGUCCCUGAGCGAGCCAGCACUCAGCAUGUGAGCAAGGCCACGGAAACUCUGCCCCCACUGCAUCUUACCUCACAGGGGUGGUUUUCAGGGAUUCUUUAAGGCAGCAGAUUAAAAUCUUGCCACAGUCAAGAAAUUGACAAAAAGCUUCCAUGCUGUACAUGGUUCUCUUUCUCUCUUUUUUACCUUUAAAAAGAAAAACCCAGAAAGAUGCAUCAGAUUUGUGUAAAUGAGGGUAUGCCAAGAGGGUGGCCAGUUUUGCUUUAUGAACUUAUGAAGGAAAAUUUGUGACCCUACAUAUAUAUACACACACAUACAUAUAUAUAUAUCCCGAUCCAGCAACGGGACUUUGUUUAUAUUGCAAAUAAAUAUUAUUUUUUCUUUAAAA